AAGAGCCCUCACACACACUGUGGUGGUGAUGGCGCGCUCACGGUCAUCGGGCGGAGGUGGUGGAGGUGUGUGUAGCUGGCUGGCGGCGGUGCUGGCGCUCUGGUCCAUGGUGUCGGUGGUGGUGAUCGUGGUGUGGGCUACGUGGGCCCCCCGGGCGGGUGCAGGGCGGUGUGAGGCUCGGCGGCGCGCCCUGCAGGAGAACACGGAGGGGGCGAGAGUGGUGUGGGAGAGAGAGAGACAGACAUCCGAGAGAGAGAGAGCACUCAGCACUGACACACAGACACGACUGCAGCGAGAGAUACACAGCAUCACACACACCAUCACACACACCAACCAGAUGCUCACACACCACCUGCACACCCAGGCUGUGUUGAGGGAGAAUCUCACAGCUCUACAGAAUGAGGUGCAGCAGUACGAGCAUGCGGUGGCUAAACUCACCACUGAACACACACACUGCACAGAGCUGAUUGAGGAGUUGCAGGUGAACUUAUCACGUGAACGGCAUCAACUGGACUCGUGUUCGUCUCUCUGUGACGCUGCGAGGAGUCGAUACGCCGCCGUCGAGAGUCAGAGAAAAGCCUGUGAAAUACACACCAAAUACCUGCACACACAACUGUUAGCACACACACACACACAAACACAAACACACACAGUGUAGUAACUAGCUGACUUGCUAGAUGUCCACAAUACCUACUCUAUUAGCUACACAGCACCACAACUUCUUUCUUUGCUGGCUAGAUAACACCAUAACUCCUCUGUUUCUAGCUACUUUUGCACAAAUAAUUUAUAGUUGGUCCAAUCAGAAUAAAUAAAGGUUAUGUAAAGGUUUCCUGUGUGUGUGUUUUUGUUUGUUUUGCAGUGAGAAGUGUGAACUCAGAGUGUGAUGCUCAGCUGAAGAAACCCAGCAAGACCUUCUGCUUUGAUCACUUCCCCUGCGCAAUACCUAGCAUCUGUUUAUCAGUUAUUUUCUCUUCUUCACUACAUUACUGUGGAUUGUUGAGCUUUGAAACACAAUACAACCAAUUCAACAUGUGAUUAUUUGUACACUGCACAAUGAUUAUGAAGUUUUCUCAUAUUAAAGCACCACUGCUGAUGUUUGA